AGGAUUUUUUAUCUUAAAGGAUUAAAAGUAUUCUUUAAGAGAAUAUGAGAAACAUUUUUAUAAUUUUUUAAGUGGACCAAACAUGUCGUAUUUUGGGUGGUUGACUUUGUUUGUUCUUUGGUAUUAUGUAGACCGUGUUUUCAGUUUUCCGGUAAAUGAUAUACAAAUGGAAUCUAACACUAUGUCACACAGUGCUAUUACCUUGGAAGCCGUUUAUAAAACAACUGCAACGUUUUUGGACAGAAUGCAGCUCGUCAAUGAUACAGAACAAUCACCUGAACUUAAAGUAAAGAACUAUUUUGGAACAGAUCCGGAAUCCCAACAACAAUUUACAAAUAUAAUUCAAGAACUAAGUGGAUACGAAGGCAAUGUUCGAAGAGACCAUGGAUUUGAAUCCUUUUAUCACGUCAGUGGAGAGCAAAUACAAAUGGCUCACUUCUUUAUUAGGAGUUUAAGAAGUAAGGUAAAGGAUCUCUCGAGCAACACAGCGAUAGUAAAAUCCAAUAUAACGUUAAUUCGAGAACAAGUUGCAACAAUCAUGUAUGUUAUACAGGAAUUCUACAGCAAUACCAACUGGAUCGAACUCCAUGGCUCGACUAUCUACGAAGAUUUUGGACAAGAUGGCAUAACAUUGGUUGGAAUUGCAGAUUUCAAGGACAAAACUUGUAUUAACUGUAAAUAUGUGAAUGGAAUAGAACAUUGCGAAAACAAUACUAUUGGUACAAAAUUGACCAGUGGCUAUAGAUCGGGACAAAAUGUGGGAAAACCAAAAGGUGGUCCCAAUGAUAUUAUAAGUGGUAAAUGCAGUCACGGAACACCAGAUGAUACCAGUAGGAAUAUUAUAGCUACCGGUGGUAUUUAUAAAGGAAGAUCCAACCGAAAAGAGGCUCCUCACAGCUAUCUCCACAGUGCAGCAGCGAAAGCAGCGGUUAAGGCAACGGAAUACUAUCUAAUUGAUCAAAAUCGAGGACUUCUUGAGCUUAUCGGUCCAGAAGUUUUCCGAGAUAUUUUUGGCAUUCGUUCAAGAGAGGAAAUAGUGAAAACGUCACUUACUUUCGUCAUUGAUGUCACUGGCUCCAUGGGCGACGACAUUGAAAAUGUACGAAUUGCCACUAAGAAAAUAGUAAAUGAGGCCAAAGACUCGCAAUUUGUACCAGAAAAAUACAUUUUGGUUACAUUCUCAGACCCAGCUAGUUUGACAAUGGGGAGAAACACGACUGAUUUCAAAACCAUGUUAACAUGGCUUGAUGAUAUUAGGGUGGAUGGAGGGGGUGAUUGUCCGGAAUAUGCCAUGUCGGGAAUAUUAAAAGGCAUAGAAAUGUCCAACAACAAUUCAAAAAUUUACUUCAUUACUGAUGCAGACGCAAAGGACGCUCAUCUAGAAAAUGAGGUAACAAACGGACUAAAGGCAAAAAAUCUGGAACUCAUUAUGAUACUUACUGGUAAAUGUCCUGGAAGAAGAAAAAGAGACGGUACUGGAAAAAAUUAUGGUUCUACAAUUUUUCAACAUGAAGUUGGUCUAUUGUUUCAUCGAGUGAAAAGAUCAAGUAUAAAUGUGUUUGAGUCAAUCGCAGCAGAAACAGGCGGGAAAGUCUAUGUUACCAGCACUUCAGAAGUUGAGGCAAUAGUGGAAAAAGAGAUUAAGGAAACAUUUCCUUCUUCCAACGUUUUUGUUACACUGUUUGUGAUGCCUAGGAACUCCACCCACAAUUCAACAAUUUCUAUUCCGGUAGACGAUUAUAUCAAUACGCUCAAGAUCAUGGUUGAACCCGUAUCGUCGUUGGACAAGUUUGUUUUCUAUUAUCCAAACGGCACAGUAGUUUCCUUUUCAUCACCAAAUGAAGAAAGAGAACUUUUGGGAAAUAUUCUAAGAAUAUCGGUUAGGAACCCAGAACCGGGGCAGUGGACUCUUCGGAAAAUGGAAACGAGCGCAUGGAAUAUAAACGUCACAGCUCAUAGUGCAUUGGAUUUCUCAACAAGUGUUUUAGAAACUAGCUCCGUAGGCAAUUCCUAUCAGCUAUCAGGAAACCCGAUUAAGGGUAAUAAUUACUCUGUUGUUGUUGAUAUCCAAAAUUUGAAUCCAAAUUCCACAUGUUUAAGCGUAGUUCUCAUGGAUGACAGCGGAAAUGAAAUAACUGAAAUUUUUGUCACCAGAGUGCAAUUAAUGGGAAUUGCUCGAUAUAUCGGAGAUUUCGUUCCAUAUAAUAAGUCAAGUUAUGUGCAAAUACGAGGAGAAGAUGAUCAAGGAAACCCAUUCUUACGGACAAGAUCUUUAUCCAUUAUUCCCGUAUCAGUUCAACUUCGAAUAUCUCCUCAUCUUGGAGACUUGCGACUUAAUGAGACAAGUAACAUAUCUUUCUCCUUAACAAACACUGGAGAAAGCCUAAUUGUGUUUGUCAUCACGAUUUCGGAUGGCAAUACUGACCUCAAAAUACAGCAAGAUAGUUUAUAUGGCGGCGAUGUUUAUAGUGAUGUAGUAGAAGUAAUCCCAAACUCUUUACAAACUAUAACUUUACAUUUUUCGGUAACUCUAGAAAACUAUACUGGUAUCAUUCAAGCAGAGAAAAGGCGAUAUUCUGUUAUGGACACAAGAACUGCAGAUUGCACAGUGACUGAACACCCACAAAUGUGUCCUACAGAGUCGCGAAAUACAGAAAACUGUACCUCCUAUAACUGGACGGGCUCAGUCGAAGUUUCUUCAGCAACCAUCAGGGAUUCGCUCAUCAGAGUAUCUACCGACGAAGUUAUUCUAGAUCACAUUAAUUUAACGGAGUCAAACUUCUCUGUACCGAUAUUAAUAAGAGGGCAUUGUUGUAUUCAAAAUGUUAUGAUAACCAUUAUAGACAAGGACGGGUUUUUCGAUCAAUGCAAUUUGGUUGUCUCUGAGCACCCUCUAACUGUUGUCCAAUAUCCAACGACUACAGAAAGGCAAACAACAUUUGAAGAAACCACAUUCGCUGAAGAAACAACUACUGUUAUAGAGACCACAGCAGCUGAAGAAACAACAACUGUUAUAGAGACCACAGCAGCUGAAGAAACAACACCUGUUGCAGAAACCACAACAUUGGAACAAGUAACAGUCUAUGUAACGUCGAUAGAAAAACGCACAUUAACAGGACUUGAUAAAGAGGCGAUUACCGACGAAGGGAAUUCAAAAGUAAUAGGAAUGUCGGUAGGCUUUAGUGUCCUCGGAUUGACUCUUGUAGCACUAAUCAUAUUUGCAGUCUAUACUAUGAAAUCACGAUCCAACAACAUAAUACCUGUUGUAUUAUCAAACUAUCGCACUCUUAAAAGGGAAGAUGACAUAAAUAUAGGGGUCAACGAAAUCCUGUCUAAAUAUCACGACAUACAUAACGGAGAACAAGUCACACAAGAAUUUGAAGUCGCAGAUUGUCAAGGAAGUGAAACAAAAGAGAAAAUUGAUGUGGUCAAUACCAUUACCACUGAUUGCACAAAAGAAGAAUCGAAAACGAAUGAUAACCAAGCCCGUGCUGCAGAUUCUUCAGAUCAUAAAGCAGAAAAGGACACUGGCAGGGACGACGAAAAGUUGACAUCAAACAAGUCGCUCAACGAAACAAUCAUUGAAGCAAAAUCAGUGUCGGAAUCCUUGGCACAGGAACACACAGGCAUCCCCAAACAGGACGCCAUUCAGGGGUCAGUCAGCAGCAUUGGUCAAAAGGAAAGCUCUAACACUAAUCUGAAUGUUUGUUCGGAUUUCCCAAUUCUAAAUUCAGGUGAAGAACACGAUAUGAAAAAUCAGAAAUCUCCACCUGAGAAUGGCAGCUCAUCAAACAAUAUAAGUGUCCGAACUUCUCAAGUUCUUCAAAACAAAGAGGGGACUGAGGUUAUAUCCGAAGAACGCAGCAGAGAAGAAACUGAUUAAGUCUUAUCAGAUAUUGAAAAUCAUCCCCUUGUUGAAGCAAAUAGAUAGAUUAUUGAAACAUUUUUUGCAAUAUUUAAACCAACGAAGGGGAAAACACCAAUAAAAUGUUAAUACGAUACAAGCAAAUGCGAGAAACAGUGUCACCAUCAGAUAACAGUUGUGGUUCUUGCACAGUGUUAAUUGUGAAUGAAAGUGAUAAACAAUUAAAAAUGUUUCAUUAUUACAUUGAACAUGUUGUGCAAUAAAAUGUCGUUUUGUAUUAUAGACAACAGGCCUCGGGAUCAUGAAGCAAUUUAGACUUGAGUCAAAAUUUCAAGCAGUUGUAAAAAUGAUUAUAUCUAUCAUAAAAUGACAAUUUUGAUUUGUAAUAAACAACGUUAUAUCAAGACACUUUUAACAGCAUUUCAGAUUUGUCAUUGUUUUCAAUCAAGAGCCACUAAGUUAGUAUACAAUUUUUGACUGAAGUCUAUGAUCGAUUCAUGAUCAUGGGGCCAAAUAAAUGCAGUCAAUAUGCACACACGGUUAAACUAUAAAGGCAUUUUUUUUAAAUGUACAUCUUAUUUGCUUUAAAUAAUUAGAUAGUUUUUAUAUUUUUAAAUUCAUAACACAACUUUAAAGAGCUUAUUAACCGCUUGAUAUAUAAUUGGAAAUGAAGUAGUAACCAAGAAUGUUGUGUUUAUUAAACUAACAAACGGCUUCCUUCCUCUAAAAAUAUCUUCAUUAACCUCGAUUGGGAAUCAACAUAAAAUUUUCGAAGUGAAAAAUGCACUAAUAAAUAAAGAGAAAAACAUGCUAAUAAAGUGAAGAUUUUAUUUACUAUAUUCUGUUCUAAUAAAAUAUUCAUAUAAAAUUUUUGUUUAUCGAAAUGAAAUACUGGUAUAUGUAGCUAUUUAUCUUGGAUUAUGGGAUUUUAAUUUACUUUUCAAGGAAAUUUAAUGUUGUCCUGGCAACGGCCACACUUUAGUUUGCAUAGCCAUGACGUCACAUGUUUCCCCCACCUUUUUUCGAUACCAUUUAUAUUUCAAAAUAUACAUGUAUAUUUGUAUUCAGAUAUUAGAGUUUAGUUGUUGUUUUCUUGAAUUAUUUUCUGAUACUUUGUAGCAGUUGACCUUUGGUGCCUUUAUUACAUACAUGUACAUCUUCUAACUAGCCAGUAACAUGGUAUAUUUCAGGCCUAAUAGUGGUGGUCAUCCAUAGUCAUUGGACAUUAAAUAACCCUACCAAAAUUUUUGAGUACUAACUAAUUGUAAUUUUUAAAGUAAAUUCAAAUAACUUGUCGUUAUACUGUAAUGACAUGUUUCA